CCGCAGAGCCACCCACAGAGCCACCCGCAGAGCCACCCGCAGAGCCACCCGCAGAGCCACCCGCAGAGCCACCCGCAGAGUUACCCGCAGAGCCCCCAGCAGAACCACCCGCAGAGCCAGCAACUUCCUCUCCAUGCGACCUAUGAGAACGGGAUGAGGAAAACAGCUGGCCGCGGGCGUAUGAAUAGCGAUUACACUGGGGUUGUGCUGCCUUUGAUGGACGAAUACGUGGCUACACCCCAGAAGCCAGCCCAAGCACCAUGGAUGGCUAAGGUGAAGAAUAAUAAAUUUGGAAGCGGGAUGGAGAGAUUGAGCAACGAGUUAACUGCUUUUGUUAACUACAUGGCCCGCUCACCUCCAGAGAUAGACGCCCGGAAUUACUUUACCCAGAGCAUCAUAUCUGCGAUAGACUCUUACUUUCCGGAUACUGAACAUACUGUCAGACUAUAUGGAUCGGAUGCCACUUCGUUAGGCUUGCCAUUAAGCGACAUUGAUGUGAUGAUCAGCGCGCCGAGUCUCCGCAGAGUAAAUCCUUACCAUACCAGAGAUUUGAAGGUCCAAGCACUCCGGGACAUUCAACAGCUAUUCGCCAGGGCUGGAUUCAACCUGUUCUCAACAAUUCGGGAUGAGGCUACUAUUCCUAUCCUAGAGAUAGAAGAUGUCGGCACGGGUCUAGAAAUGGACAUUUCGUUCGAGGAGCCGCAUUCAGCACAAGGGCUGGAAGACGUUAAGAGCUGGUGUGCUCAUUACGGACAUCGUCAACUCAUAAGCUUGUACCUACCGCUAAAGCACGCUCUGAAUAUGCGUAAGCUGGGUCUUGGAUCAGCGACAACACCAUAUCAGGGCGGAGCUGGAUCGUACGUCCUUCUGUGCAUGGUGAUUGUUUUCAUGGAGACAAGAUAUCAAGAACUGUGCAGUAUCUGGCGGCAAAAGCCACUCAGUCCGGGAAGGACUUUUGUGGCGAUGCUGAAAUUCUGGGGGGAGGAGUUCAACUUCGAAACCACCGCCAUCAUGGUCAAUCCUCCUUCUCUGAUUCCUAAACAAGCCUACUUGCCGGCUUUCAUUUUUGAAGUCCGAAGUCCGUUCGACGGAUCCACAAAUGUUGCUGGUGGUGCGUUUGGAAUGAAGCACAUCAAAGAGACGAUUAAACACUUUGCCAAUGUUCUCGCAGAGCGCAUACUGGAAGUUGAUCGCAUGCAAGCAGUCCAUCCGUACGGAUUCAAUCACCAGAGAGGGUUAUUAGAUCCACCGGGCAUGACAUGCGGGGUUCUCGGGAGCAUCAUCGGUGGGAAUUAUGAGACGUUCGAGGAAAGGAGGAGCAAGAUCCGAAAAUUUGGUGAGAGGAUACAAGCCCUGGGACUGGUUGGCGCGCCACAACACGAAACAGAAGCAACACCAGCCGGAGGACCUGCUCGUCCGGUCGGGUCUGUGGGGAGACUGAAAGGAUAUGGGGGCCAGGCACUGCCGUUUAUACCUGCAACGAAACCGUUUGUGCCACCUCAUUUGAGAGGUCUGGAUGACUCCCAAUUUUAGAUGACGCAACAGGUCGGAGAACGAUGUCGACAAUAUCCAUCCGUACAGAUCCGAGACAUCGAGGCUUUACGCACCUCUAAACAAGAUACGAUACUAUCUUGUCUGAGUAUAUUUCGCCGGUUUUGUGUGGGAGUUACUCCGUUUAUUUGUUUGUCACUUUCGUUUCUCCUUCUCCGUUAU